AUGGACGACGAUGGGUCCAACCCAUUGCGCCGAAUGUCGAGUCGAACUCGAAGGGUUGCUUCGAAAAUGACUGCUGCCCUGCAGAGCAGUGACAACCACACGCAGGCUGCCCUUGCUCGGCUUGAAGCUUUGGAAAAUGAUAAUGCUGGUUUGGAGACGGUAGAAGUUAACGACGAUGAUGAUUUGUUUAUAACAAAGAAGCAGUCUAAGGGCACCAAGCGUAAAACCCGGCAGGCAAAAGCUCUCGAGGCCAAGAAGGCCCCAAGAACAUUCCUGGAGCUUGUACAUGAGGCAAAUCUCGACUCCUUGCCUCCUUAUGUUCCUUCCUAUUUGAAGGCAGCAGUGGGACCACCAAGCUCCACCUCCCGCUGCCAUUUCUGCACUGUUUGUGGUUCUGCUGCCACCUACACAUGUGUGAGGUGUGGGGUGCGCUUCUGCUCGGGUCGUUGCCAGAAUAUACACAAUGUUACUCGAUGUCUGAAGUUUUUUGCCUGAUUGGUGAGUGGUUUGAACCAACAUACGUAACUUUAGUGAACUUUAUGCUGACACAUGUUGAUAAUCCAUAAACUAUCAUUUACUGUGUUGUUAGUAGUUAUUGUAAUCUUGUUUAUAUUGUUGUUUUGGUUCUAGUCUCCCUGAGAAGUAGGUGUACCGUCAUUUACACUAAUAUCUCGUCAUUCCUGGA